UUGCCUAAAAAUUAAAUGACCAUUAUGUUUUAUUGACUAAAGUGAUAAUUCUGUCAAUAUAAAAGAAAUUGCUCCGAUGGUGAGAAAAGAGGCAAAAAAACCAUUGCAUCGGUUGGCGCGAAAAUCGGCAACAAACCCUAAAUCCAACCGACGAUUCCUCUUCAUCUUCACCUAAACCCUCGUAAACCCUCCUCUCCCAUUUCCUCUAGAUUUCAAUUUCCAUGACGAUUCUUCGAUCUCGCGAAAUCCCAUCGGUCUCAGCCAAGCCACUCCCUAAACAAUCCGACAUUGAGCCGUCGACUCCUGCUCGGACACUAGAGCCCGAUGUUCACCGUUCGCCUGAUGAAUUGGGUCUUGUUGAUGAACCCACUCACACUACCCGGAGGCGUAGUCUUCGUCUUGCACACCAAUUUGACGGCGAUGAUAGUGUCACUGAAAACGAGGUUAGUGGCGAGAGAAGAGAGUUGAAUGUGGAUGAUAAGUUUUUGAGUUUAAGGUCAGGGAAGAGAGUUGCUAAGAGAGGUGUUGAUUAUGGAAUUGAAAUUGAGUCUAGGAAGUUUGAUUUCGAUAGCGAAUUAGGCGGAAGUAGGAGUAAACGAAAGAGGGUUUGUGUGGAUUUGGUUGAGGAAAAUAUUGUGAGGGAUGAAUUAGAGAAUAGUGGAGAUUUGGUUAAUGGAGAUGUUAAACUCGAUUCAGAAUCCAGCUUUAUGGUUAAUGAGGAGAAGGGAAAGGCUGUGAUGGAAGAUAGGAAUGGUAGUGGUGUGUUAGGUGACUCGUUAGUAGAAGUAGAAAAUGAGAGUAAGAACAAAGGAAAGGGGAUAAUGGAAGAUUCCUAUGGAGAAAGUGAUGUCAUUUGUGUUGAGAGUUAUGAGAAGCCGAGUAGCUCUAUGGGUAGAAGAAAAUAUACUCGGGAGGAGAAGGGAAAGGGUGUUAUUCAGGUGGAGGAUGUCUCUUCUCCAAUUACGAUUGAAGUUGGUGAAGAAGCAAUGGAAAUUGAGAACUUGGUUAACAAUGAGGAGCCCCCGGUUGUCUCUGUACCAGAAUUGGCUGCAGCGGGGGUUAAUGUAGAACAAACGCAGAAUCAUAAUAGUAAUGAGAUUGGAAACGGUUCAAGAACUCGGCACUUUCGUGACAUUGCCAAGAGGAAUGCUUCCAGAUUUGCUCGUUUUGAUGCUCAAAUGGAGGAAGAAGAGGACUUGUCAGAUAAAGAGGGUGAACUACAGGUUGAAGAUUGGCCUGGUCCUUUCUCUACUGCCAUUAAAAUAAUUAAGGACAGAGAAGAGAACACGACUCCAUAUGUUGGUAUUGGUGUCUCCAACAAAGAAAGAUCUUCACCACCUAUAUGGGUUCCCAAAAGAAACUGUAGUCUUACCCCUCGGAAGGCUCCAUCUCUGCAAGAACUAUCCUUGCGAAUUCUUGUCAAGAAUGCUGAUGCCAUCACUUCGCUUGACUAUGUUCCAGACACACUGAGGGUCAAACUUUGUCAAUUGCUUUGUGAUUCUAGGAGAAUGGACGUGCAUUUUCUUGAUCUUCUUGUCCAGGGAUCUCCAACAGAAAUUUGUGUUCCAGAUUGCUCAUGGCUUACCGAGGAACAAUUCACUGAGUGUUUUAAGAACUGUGACACCAGCAACUUGAUGGUUCUUCAACUCGACCAGUGUGGUCGUUGUAUGCCAGAUUAUGUAUUACAUUCCACCUUAGCAAGGUCACCAAAACAGUUGCCGAUGCUAUCUUCUUUAUCUUUAAGUGGUGCAUGCAGGCUUUCCGAUGUGGGGCUACGGGCACUUGUUUCCUCUGCUCCUGCGAUUACAUCUAUUAAUCUCAGCCAAUGCUCUCUUCUAACAUCAUCUAGCAUUGAUAUGUUAUCUGAUUCAUUGGGGUCAGUUUUAAGGGAACUGUAUAUCAACGAGUGCCAAAACAUUGAUAUGAAACUUAUUGUCUCAGCAUUAAAAAAGUUUGAGAAGUUGGAAGUAUUGUCCCUUGCGGAUAUUCCUUCAGUCAAGGGUCAGUUCUUGAAGGAGUUUGUUACUGCUAUAGGACAAACCCUGAAGCAGCUGAUUUUGACCAACUCUGGGAAAUUAACUGAUUCUUCUGUUAAAGCCAUCUCUGAAAACUGUCCCAAUUUAAGUGUGCUUGACCUGGCUAACGUAUGCAAGCUGACGGAUUCUUCACUGGGUUACCUUGCAAAUGGCUGUCAAGCUCUAGAGAAAUUGAUUUUUUGUCGCAACUCUUUCAGUGAUGAAGCUGUAGCUGCAUUUGUAGAAACCGCAGGCAGUUCUCUGAAGGAGCUGUCACUAAACAAUGUUAAGAAGGUUGGCCACAACACGGCCCUAGCACUUGCUAAACAUUCAGAUAAGCUGCAGAUUUUGGAUGUAUCCUGGUGCCGAGAAAUGUCGAACGAUUUAUUAGGCUACUUUGUCGAUAACUGUUCAUCUUUGAAAGUGUUGAAGGUCUUUGGAUGCACUCAGGUGACCGAUGUAUUCGUUAAAGGUCACUCAAACCCUAAUGUCAAGAUCUUAGGUUUGAAGAUGAAUCCCUUCUUGGGUCACCUUACAAAGAACCUUGCUGAUAGCUGAAAGAAACUCUGACAUCUCCCUCUGCUUUGUUUGUUUGUUUUUGGAGAAGAAGAGCAGAGACGAAUUUCACUAAUUUGUCCAAAUGUUGUUUGGUUUUUAAUUUAAUAUGUAUUAAGGCAAAUAUUAAAUAUCUAAGUCUUAAGUUCUGUUUUUGUGUUCGAAUGAGUAUGGGUUUAAACA